AUGCAGAAGCAUUCGCCUACUGCGUCUGCUGCUGCUGCUGCUGCUGCUGCUGCUGAUUCUGGUUACGCUUGUUUGCCCCAGCACUACUUGCCUUGUUCGUGGGUUUGCGUAUGUAGGCGGUCAUUUGCGCCUGAGAUUUUAGUAGCAGUGUUGCUAUCUGGACAGUCAAAGCUAUAA